GUAAAAUACUUGCUUGCCAGCACAAGUGUGUGCCAUUGCCGACUUCAUCAAAGUAGCUUCCUCUCUGAGAUAUGAAGCAAAACUUGUUUGUUAAAGGUCCUGCGCAGCCUCUGGAUGUAUGCAUUUCACAGCAUGGGGUUACCUCCUCAAAGCCACUCUCUUUACUCAAGUCUCAACUACAUUAUUAUUAUUAGGUAUAGUCAUGGUAGUUAUUCCACUCAGUGCUGUUUCUCUGCUUGUAUUUUUUUCAGAAUCUUUGUAAAAUGGUGUGGAAUUCAGUUUAAGUGCUGAUUUUAUUCAGAAGGACAAAACUUCUUGAUGCAUUCUCUCUGUUUUUCUCCUGUCUGUCUCAGUCUCACAUUCAUGACAUCUUCAUUUUAUUAAACAUUUCAGUGCAUGUGUGUCUGCCUGCAAGAGACUGCCCUGCCACUUUGUCUGACAGGGUAGUUAGUCAGAGGCCGGAAUGGCCUGAAGACUGAAAGAAAGAAAGCAAACAAGCGUGUCGAAGGUGAAGAAAGAAGAGAAAAUGGCAAAACAAAGAAAAGAGAAAACAGAUGGGAUGAAAAACAGUGUGUGUGCUUGGGUGUGAUGGCAGAGCUCCCGUCUGGACUGCUGGAGGCAUGUGUAGUGGUUGGGGCCCCGAUUGAUAAGCUUCGAGACGUAUACCAGCUUCAUCAGCAGAGCAAGUUAAACGAACACCCCGUGCUGGAAGCGGAGGUACUGCAGGUCCAUGCCCCCCCUUUUGUUUCCAAGGAGACCAACUCUAGUCAGGCGAUUGGUCCAGCUUUCAGCCGUGUCCAGAGGAGGAGGAGCUUCAUCAAGAAGAAGAGGCGUGAUCGUGCUGCAGAGUCAUUAUCUAAUGGAGAUGCAGCUAAUCGUGCUGAAGUGUCGUCAGCGACAGAGGACAUCAGUGUUCCAAAGGAUCUGGACCUCAUCGCCUUGCCGCAGCUCUGUUUCCCUGGUGGUCUUCAGUUAGCCAAUGAGCAGAGGGAAGACAGUUAUCACUUCCUGGUUUUCACUGACUUGUUUGGGAACCGAACCCAUGGGGUUGUUGUGCAGUGCUACAGAGCUGUCCAGUCCUGUCAGGAAGGCGUUGUCCAGAAUGGCCACAGAUGGAAUUCAUCAAAGACCCGUCUCUACACACCCUUCGCUGUGUGUGUCAUCUCCAAGUUCCCCUACUACAAUGCUCUGAGAGACUGCUUGUCAUGUCUCCUGGUCGGGCUGCGGCCUGCAAGACAAGCCGACUUUGAGGAGACAAUCAAGGAGUUUUCAGCCAAGCUGUCCCUGGUCCCUUUACCGCCUCCUGGACAGCUACACGUGUCCUUCAGCCUCCGUCCUCUUCAGGUGGUUCUUCCAUCCAGGGACGAUCAGGACAGCCCAGUUAUCGACAUCGACCUGCAUCUACCUUUCCUCUGUUUCACACACACAACACUCCUCCAGGUGCUGUCCUGCCUUCUUCAAGAGCAGAGGCUGGUCUUCUUCUCAUCCGACUGGGCUAGACUCACUCUGGUUGCAGAGAGUCUGCUGUUGUACCUGCAGCCUCUGUCCUGGCAGCAGCCCUAUGUUCCUGUCUUGGCGAGAGGAAUGUUGGACUUCCUCAUGGCUCCGACUGCCUUCCUAAUGGGCUGUCACAUCAGUCACUUUGAGGAGGUUGCUGCCGAGACAGAAGACCUAAUCCUGGUGAAUAUUGAUGAUGGCUUCAUUCAGUCGUCAUGUUCUGAAACCACUGACCUACCAGCUAUCCCUGUGGCAGCAGCUGAGAGCUUUAUGUCAAGGGCAGAGUGUCUCCAGCUUCAUUACGACUUGGAGCUAUGUCACCUCGGAGCGGGCACCGAUGCCAAUGCCCUGCGGUACCAACGGAGAGACUGGCAGAGACGACUGAACACACAGAUACAAAACAUCGCCCUGGAACUAGUGGUCAACAUUUUCAGAGGCGUCCAGGACUUUCUAAACCAUGAGCACAGAGUUUUUAACAGUGAGGAGUUUCUGAGGACCAGGGAACCAGCAGACCAGUGCUUUUACAAGAAGGUGUUAGAAACUCAUAUCUUCCACUCAUUCCUGCGAGACAGGCUGAACAGGAAACGCGACACCUUCAGCUGCAUGGAGCAGAAUACGCGUAACAAUGCAUACAGGAAUCGUGCGAUGACAGAGUCUCCUCGUCGUCCCCCCAUGUCUGAGCUGUCCAGGACCGGUUACAGCAGCUACACCAGCCCUGACAACAGACUGAGCAAGAGGCUGGGAGCCAGCCUGCCAAACCUGGAGCAACCUGCAAGUGACACUAUGACUGCCAUCAGCUGCAGCAGGCCAGCCUCCCUCAGAAAGAUGACUCCUGAUAUUGGGUUGAAGUCUCCUCAGAAAGCUGUGAAGGUUUUCCGCCUCCCAGAGUUUCCCCCGCCUCUGGCCUAUCAUUAUAUACAGAACUAUUAUUCUGAUAUGGUGUCUUCUCUGGGGAAGGCUAUUAACGCCACACCACCUGAGGAGGCUGCUCUGCUGGCCAGGUACCACUACCUGCGUGGUUUGGUAAACACCGUGUCCAACAGGCGUCUGGAUGCGUUGGAUGACUUCCAGAGUCUCUAUAAGACGGACUCAGAUAUCUUCCCCUCUCAGAUGGUUAAGUCACUGGUCGACUCCCUGCCAGAAGGUGAACGGUUGCAGGCAGACAGACGUCCAGAGCUCAAAAGGCUCAUCAGCCGGGUUAAGAGGGACCAGGAGCGGGAACGUGCGCGCCAUGGCAACGGGUAUGAGGAAGGUGCCGUGAAGCACUUCCAGCUGCCGAAAAAAUACAUGCAACUGGAGGAAUUUGUGAAAUGUAUCCAGGAGUCUGGGAUUGUAAAAGACCAAGGAACCAUACACAGACUCUUUGAUGCUCUAACUGUCGGUCAUCAGAAGCAGAUUGGUCCAGACUUGUUCAGGGUGUUUUACACCAUCUGGAAGGAGACUGAGGCUGAAGCACAGGAGGUGUGCCUGCCUGCGUCUGUGUUGGAGCACAUUGAACCCAGCGAGUGCGUCUUUAAGCUCUCUUCCUCGGUCAAGACGAGCCGUGGGGUGGGGAAGAUCGCCAUGACUCAACGGCGGCUCUUCCUGCUGACCGAAGGACGACCGGGAUACGUGGAGGUGGCACAGUACCGAGAUUUAGAGGAAGUGAAGGUGUCUUCCGCUCCCUUCCUGCUCCUGCGAAUCCCCAGCCUGAAGCUGCGUGUGCGGGGCAGGAAGGAGGCGUUCGAGGCCAAUCUGAAAACGGAGACUGAGCUCUGGAACCUGAUGGUCAAAGAGAUGUGGGCCGGCCGCAACAUGGCUGACCAACACAAGGACCCCCAGUACAUGCAGCAGGCUCUGACCAAUGCUUUGUUAAUGGAUGCAGUAGUGGGCAGCCUUCAGAGCAGUAAAGCCAUCUACGCUGCUUCUAAACUGGCUCACUUUGACCGCAUCAAGAUGGAAGUCCCGAUGAUGGUUCCCAAGACAACUGCAGAGACGCUAAAGCACAAAAUUAACCCCUCGCUGGAACUCGCUGAACCUCAGCCUGUGGAUGUGCUUUUAUACACACCAGGUCAGCUGUGGGUGUCUGUGAGCGGAGGGAAGGUGAUGGUGUUUGAUGCUUCCAGCUGGUCCCUCACACAUACCUGUCAGGUUGGGAAUGCAAGACUGAACUGCAUGCUGGGUGUUGACAAGGAUCAGGUGUGGAUGGGUUCUGAGGACUCAGUUAUCUACAUCAUCAGUAUGGUGGCCAUGGUGUGUAACAGACAGCUGACUGAGCACAGGGCGGAGGUCACCGGUCUGGCGCUUGACACAGACAAAUACAGCCAGAAGGUGGCAUACUCCUGCAGUACAGAGGGAACCGUGAUGGUGUGGGACAUAUCCACACUACAGGUGAGGAGGCACUUUCGCCUCUCCUGCGAUUGUCUUCAGUCUGUCAACAGCCGGAAUGGCACGCUGUGGUGCUGUUCCAGGGACAGUAUAAUGGAGGUGUGGAGGAACGGUUCAUUGAAACAUCGUCUGAAUCUACCAGAGCAACACAAAGGAUCCAUAGCUACAUUCAGCUCUAUACUGCUGUUACCUGAGAGGGAAGAGCUGUGGAGUGUGUGUGUAGACUCAGGAGAAGUGUGUAUUUGGCAUACUAAGGACCCUACCAAACCGUUUGACCGCGUGACGCUGCAGGACUGCACCGGAUGUUACUGCAUGAUUAAAGUCAAAAAUCAGGUGUGGGUUGGUGGCGUGGGCCGCAGCUCUACCAAAGGGAAGAUUUAUAUCCUGGACACAGAACGCCACCUGGUACUUAAGGAGCUCCACGGCCAUAACGACAAGGUGACGGCGCUGUGCUCCGCCGAGGAUCGCUACAUCCUCAGUGGCGCUGGCAAACAUGACGGAAAGAUCGCCAUCUGGAAGGUGGAGUAGAGAGGUUUACUGACUGGAAAUGGACAAAGUAACUCUGAUGAAACUGUUCCAGGAGGAGCCCAGGUUUUGGAUCUGUGGGAGAAAGAGUGAAGCUCUGUGUUUGGAAAGCAGAUUAAAGGGAGGGGAAGCAAAUUCACAAACUUGUAGAGAUUACAUGUAAUCACAUGUCCGUCAUGUGAUGCAAGUUUACAUAACUUAUACUGCUAUGAUGCUAUGUAAAGGUGAUUAGCAGUUCAAAACAGUGACUAUGAGGAUACUGACAUGUUAUUUUUUGGGAAUAUGAGGACCAAAUGAAGACUGAAAAAAAGAAAAGCGGGUGCAAGUCCUGUUGGAUAUUUCUUUUUAAUCCAAAGUUUUAAACAUUUUUAGUAUUUAUAAUAUCGUCAUACCGUGCCUUUUGUAUUGCUGUUACCUGUUUAUUGUAAGUUUAAUCUCACUAGUUUUGUGUGGGAACGUCAUGUGACUGAGCCUUGCCACCAACUGUGUAUUUGAGGCAAAUCUCUACAGCUCAAACUACCCUGAAAACAAAACUCCUGUCACUGGAGAGUUUGCUAUUGCUGUGAGAAAGACCUGAGGAGAGUUUGUUUUGAUGGAAGAUAUGCUUUAAUGGACAACGUGCAGUAGAGAGUGAUGGGAAAUGUGGUGAAAUAAGAUACAAAGUUGGGAGCUGGACUCAAACUCGUGAGAUACCACUCACAUGUGAUGUACAGAGAGGUGUGUUCCACAGCAGCUCAAGAAAGUCUCGCCACAACUGGAAUUUUCUAUUUUAAAAACAGAAAAUAAGGACUAACCCCAUAAAAGCAAAAUACUUACCUCAUUGUCAGACAAAGUUUCUACAUUUUUCUUUAUUUAUUUCUUUACAAGUACAGUUUUAUCUUUGUUACAGACCAGCUGGUUUUAACAAGGAAAGUUUCUGUUAUUAUACACAAGCUGAUGAUCCUAGUCAAAAAAACAGACCAACAAGCAAGUACAAGUUCCUGGCUAUAACAUGCCUUAUGCAUAUUAAGCAUUUAGUUAUUUAUAAGAAGAGGAGAGAGGCAAAAGACCAAGCCAUAACAUACCCAACAUAUGUUAAAAAUCUAUUUAUAAUAUGUAGGAAUUUGUGUUCUGUACAUUUUUAUUGAUAUUUUUACAAUAGUGUUAUUUGUAUUAACAAAGUAAAACCAUACAGACGGUGUUGUAAUUGAUUCUUCAAAUGUGGAGAACAUUGAGUUUUCUUUCCUUUACUUUUCCAGUCUUUUACAUUUACACAUUUACUCAACAACGUGUCAACUUUCUGUGACUCUUAAAAAAUUAGAACCAAGAAAAAUAAUUUUUUUCCCCCAUUUUUAACAAAACAUUAUCAUCUGAACAACAAAAUGACUUUUAGGAGCCAAUGUCACCUGAGGUUCAAUCAAAGGUUCAACAAUUUUUUUAUUAUUGUAUUUAUACAGUGUAUAUAACUGGUGAAUAUAAAUAUGAUACAUAUUCCCUUUUUAAAUUUAAGUGAUGACAAUGCAACAACUCAACUAUUGUAUUUAUAUGUUUUUUCCACUGACCUUUUGUAAAAUUUCAUAUGAAACUACACAAUAUAUUAUUAAUAAAUUUAAUACAGUUUUUAAAGGAA